GAGUUUAUCAGCAAGUGGGGCAGGAAGUGACUCAAAUGGGUUUAAUCUUUGAUAUCUUCAAAGAUGUGGCCCAGAGUGCUCGCAACAUUAAAGAUUUGAUGGUGGAAACUCAGAGUUUUGGAACGCAAAUUCAGAAUUUACAAAGGCAAUUGGAUGAGGAUAUAAGUAAGUUAGAAAAUGGUUUGAAUAAUUUGAGAAAUAAUUUGGAGGCGGAUGUGCGGGCUUUGGAACAGAAGAUUGGGUUGUUGCAGAAUUCCAGUCAGUAUCAGGGUUUAUCUUCUAGAUUGAGUACUUUAGAGGGGAGAUUGAGUAGUUAUGGGGGUUCUAGUUCUGGUAGUGUUCGAGCUACCAAUAAUCAGGAUAGUAGUCAGCAGUCUUAUACUUUCAAUAAAGUGCAAACGGCUUUGAGUAAUUUAGUUAGUCAUUUUAAUGGGGUGGUGAGGGAAAAAAGGCAAGAAAUCCAAACUCUCAAAGUUGCAUAUUGUGGAGUAGAUGAGAGAGGAAAAUUAGAUUUGAGUGAUUUUGCCGGGUUAAGAGUGCUGGAAUGCCAAGGAAGAGACAUGCUCGAAUUUAUUACCGAUUUAGACUUAAAAAAUUGCAGUAAACUAGAAUAUGUUAAUUAUUCCAGCGAGACUUCAAGUUUUGUUGGCUCACUUACUAGUUUAGAUAGUCUAAAUAUUGAUAAUACUGACCUUGAUUCAGAUAAUUCGGAAUUAAUUCGUUUAGCAGAAGUUAGAAUACAAAAUGAAAGGGAUAAUAAAAAUAAAUUUAUUCCUGUUUCUUCUAUAUCUUCCUCUUCUAAUGUAACUAUUCAAGUUAAUCAAGAAGACGAAAGAUUGAAAAAGAUUGCUAAUAUAGUUAUUCCUAACAAGCCCUUUGACUUUGAACUUUUAUUAGAAGAAAUUAUAAGACUUAAGUUGGCUGACUUAAAUUCUCAGUUAAAAAGUAAGAAAAAAGAAUUGGAAGAAUUAACCAAUUCUAUUAAUAACAAACUAGAUGAUGAUGAGAAAGAAGAACUAGAAUUGUUGAAAGAUACUUAUAACGAUUUACAACAAAGAAAUAAUAAUAAAUUACUUCAAAAACAUUUUGAGAGAAGUAAAAAAACUUUAAGCAAAGUUUUGACUGAAGAGGAAAUGCACGAUUUCUUGAAUAAACAAGCAGAAAUUACACAAUUGACAAACCAACUAGAAAACUUACAAAAAAACCAGUUUAGAACUUUCCAAGAAAUCCCUCCUAAACAAUAA